AUGGUAAAAGUAUGUGUGGUUGGUUGUUUGCAUGGAGAGUUAGACUGUGUGUACGCCGACAUUGCAGAAGCCGAAAAACAGGGUCAGUUUAAAACUGACCUGGUUUUAUGCUGCGGUGAUUUUCAAGCUGUUCGCAAUCCCUGUGAUCUAACCACAAUGAGCGUUCCUUCCAAGUAUUACCGUAUGGGUGAUUUUUGGAGGUAUUAUGCUGAAGAAAGUAAAGCUCCUGUUUUGACAUUAUUUGUUGGAGGUAAUCAUGAAGCAUCUGGUUAUCUUCAAGAGUUACCAUAUGGUGGUUGGGUUGCUCCAAACAUCUGGUAUAUGGGUUAUGCUAGUGUUGUCCAAUUUGCUGGAUUACGUAUUGCUGGGUUAUCAGGUAUAUACAAACAACAUGAUUAUACCAUGUGUCAUUAUGAACAUCCACCAUACUCAGAAGCAACAAAACGUUCUGUAUAUCAUUUAAGAAACUUGGAAGUUUUCCGACUAGGACAAAUUCGCCGACGUUUAGAUAUAGUGAUGAGUCAUGAUUGGCCUCGAGGGAUAUAUCAUUACGGAAAUUUAAAUCAAUUAACCAGAAGGAAACCUCAUUUUCGUAAUGAAAUUGAGUCGGAUUCAUUAGGCAGUCCACCCGGUGAACAGUUGUUAUGUCGUUUAAAGCCACGGUAUUGGUUUUCAGCUCAUUUGCAUUGUAAAUUUUCAGCGCUUGUUGAACAUCCAGACUCUAAAACUAAUAAAUCACGCAUCACUCACUUUCUAGCUCUUGAUAAGUGUUUACCGAAUCGUCACUAUUUACAAUUCUUAGAUAUUGAACCUGAACAGAAGUAUGAUGAAAGUUCAAUUAAUUCCGAUUCUAAUUUAUCUUUAUCUCCACAACUUGGAGAUGGUCCAGUAAUUGUCAGUCUUUCUAAAUGCAAAUCAAACGUCAACGAUUCGGAAAAAGACUUAAAAUUGAAAGAGCCUAAUAACAAUGCUAGUUCAAACGAUGAAAUAAAUACCAACUUGUAUCUUGAUCCCGAAUGGUUAUCUAUUCUGAGGUCAACAAAUCAUUUAAUGUCUACUAGCAAAGUCCCAUGUAUUCUUCCAGAAAAAGAAACAAGCGAACGUUGUGAUUUUUCCGCUACUGAUGAUGAAAUUCAGGCUUUGUAUGACCCUUUUGGUGGAGAUUUUCAAGUUCCUGACAACUUUGAACGUACUGCUGCGAUUCACAAACCGAAUGAAACUGAUCAUAUAAAUACAAAGACCACGUCUACGCCAAUUAGUUUGGUUCAACAAGCAAAUGCUUUAAAUAAAGAACAACAACUUUUUUCAAAUCCACAAACAGAACUUAUUUGUGCUAUGCUUGACUUAAUAAAUCCUAAUGCACUCUUUCUUGGCAAACAAUCAUACAGUUUGCUGGAAUUAUCAGCACAGUUACAAUCUAAAAAGGAUGAAGAGGAGGAUGACGAUGAGGUUGAGGAAAAUCCAGAAGAAAAUAUUUGUGAUGAUGUGAAAAAUGACGAAAAUCAACUUGAUGUUAAUGAAUAUCCAUUAGAUGUAAACACUAGCUGGAUAACCUCAGACUCAUUCGUCAAAGAGAGUUUUACAGAGUAUGAUCCGAUGAAUAGCACUUUUGUAUCAAAUACUAACCAAUCUAGUCAUAAUCCACUUAGCAAUACAAAUCUUUAUGAUAGUGUUGUAAGUCAAAAUCCUGAAGAAUUGGUAUUAGAUGAUAUUGAAGAUAACGAUGAUGAAUUUCCCAAUGAGUCUUACUCUUUAAAUGUCUCUCAAUACAACACUAGUUAUUCUCAGUUCACAGAUUUAAAUAAAUCAGAGCAAGUGUACAUUCCGCAGCUUUUGCCUGAUUCCUAA